UACUGGCGGUCUUUCUCUCAGCAACUACGAACAAAUAUGCACGGAGCAGCUGAGUCAAAUAGUUUCACUCGUACGUGGUAAUUUGACUCGGUUGAGCAGAGCAACGCUCUCUGCACUCGUCGUCAUGGACGUUCAUGCGCGCGACGUUGUGUCCAGGCUGGCGAAAGAUGGAGUUCGGACUGAGGGCGAGUUCCAAUGGCAGAGCGAACUCCGGAUAUAUUGGGAAGAUGAAAGCUGUAUGGUGCGAAUAAUGAAUGGAAGUGUCGAGUAUGGCUACGAAUAUCUCGGGAACACUAGCCGUCUGGUUAUUACUCCAUUGACUGACCGUUGCUACCGAACAUUGAUGAGUGCGGUUCAUCUUCAUUUGGGUGGCGCGCCCGAGGGCCCAGCUGGAACCGGAAAGACAGAGACAACGAAGGACUUGGCGAAGGCGCUGGCAAGGCAAUGCAUCGUGUUCAACUGCAGCGAUCAGAUUGAUUACAUGGCCAUGGCGAAGUUCUUCAAGGGUCUCGCUGCAUCUGGCUCGUGGGCUUGUUUUGACGAGUUCAACAGGAUAGAGGUAGAGGUCCUAUCGGUCAUUGCACAGCAGGUUCUGGAGGUGCAAAUGGCGGUGCAGAAUGGGGUGAAAGUUUUCGUUUUCGAGGGUACUGAGCUCAAUUUGAAACCUACGUGUGCUAUUUUCAUUACAAUGAAUCCUGGAUAUGCCGGAAGGUCUGAGCUUCCCGAUAAUCUGAAGGCACUUUUUCGAAGCGUAGCGAUGAUGGUUCCUGACUACGCUAUGAUCAGCGAGAUCAUCCUUUAUAGCGAUGGAUAUCUACGAGCGCGGGAGUGCGCUCGUAAGAUCGUUGCCAUGUAUCGACUGUGCUCGGAACAACUUUCCAGUCAGGACCACUACGACUAUGGCAUGCGAGCAGUGAUCACCGUCCUCCGCGCGGCAUCCAAUUUAAAACGCAUUCACCCGGAGGAGGAUGAAUUUGUUCUGACGCUACGGUCACUUACAGACGUGAACCUCUGCAAGUUCCUUUCUCAUGAUAUUCAACUCUUCGAGGGUAUCGUGUCUGAUCUUUUCCCAGGGGUUACCCUUCCGCCGCCUGAUCACAAUCAUCUAGACCUCGCCAUGAAGACAAACUGUGAACGGCUGGGACUUCAACCGUCGGUUUAUUUCCUUACUAAAGCAGCGCAGCUCUACGAGAUGAUCACCGUAAGGCAUGGACUGAUGCUAGUCGGACUGCCUUUCUCGGGCAAGUCCUCAGUGCUGAAGGUACUUGCCGGGUCAAUCUCGGACAUGUCCGCCGCCGGGAAAGGCGGUGAGUCCCGCGUGCAGAUGGCAUUCAUCAAUCCGAAGGCAGUGGCUACGGGCCAACUGUAUGGCCAGACCGAAUCUGCGACACAGGAAUGGGUAGACGGCAUACUUGCGGUCAAAUUCAGGCAGCAGGCGACUGAUAAUUCACCCGAUCGUAAGUGGCUGAUACUAGACGGGCCCGUUGACGCCAUUUGGAUUGAAAAUAUGAACAGUGUACUGGACGACAAUAAGAAGUUGUGUUUGUCAAAUAGUGAAGUCAUCCAAAUGUCUGCUCGCAUGAACAUGAUAUUCGAGGUAGGGGAUUUAUCAGCUGCAUCCCCUGCAACCGUCUCGCGCUGCGGAAUGAUCUAUUUCGAGCCACACAAACUGGGUUUUCACCCUCUUCUCGAUUCCUGGAUCGCAACCCUUCCUGCAAGCUUCACAGAGAGGGCGCGCGAUCAGAUCAGGAAACUGUUCCUUUGGAUGGUCCCUCCAUCCCUCCACUUUCUGCGUCACGUCAUCCAAGAAUAUUCCGAAACAAUGGAUGCCAAUGUUGUUCAAUGCUUGCUGCGCCUAGUGGAGGCCUUAUUACUUGAUAAAGGAACUGAGACAUCCACAGACCCUAUUGCCACAGCUAAUUCGCCCACGGCUUCGGCAUCAGCUGGGCAGCAGUCAGUAAUGAGGAAAUCCGCCAUUGCAGGGGGAGCUGCCGUCAUUUCCAAAGUUGAUAUCGAUAAGCUGAUGUUGUGGGUUGACUCCUUCUUCGUCUUCUCACUUGUGUGGUCUCUUGGCUGCACGGGAGACAUGGACUCGAGGAGACAUUUUGAUUUGUUUUUCCGGAGGCUGGCGACGGGAGUCCCGCCAUCGGGAUAUGAGCAGUUGACAUCACAGAAGCAUACGACGCUUGCGGCACCGAUGAUGCCCGAUGCCCAGGGUGCACUGGUGUAUGAUUUCAUGUACGACAAGUGGACAUGCUCAUGGAGGCCCUGGAUGAGCGCAACGGCCGGAUUCAGAGUUCCCGAAGGAGCCCAAUUCACAGAUAUCAUCAUUCCAACUGUAGACUCAGUCAGAUAUACGUUUCUUCUAGACCUAGCAACCGGGGCUAGCAUUCCUACGCUUGUCGUAGGGCCGACUGGGACAGGAAAAAGUGUAUACACUAACAGAUAUCUAGUAAGUUCCUUGCCUCUCACACGGUAUGCAAAAAUCAUCGUCGGCUUCUCUGCAAGAACGUCUGCGAACGCGGCCCAGUCACAGAUAGACAGUAAACUGGAUAAACGUCGCAAAGGUGUGUAUGGUCCACCCUUCGGAAAAAAAUGUGUUCUGUUCGUCGAUGAUCUAAAUAUGCCGCAGCCAGACCUAUACGGAGCUCAGCCUCCAAUAGAAUUGUUACGCCAGUUCAUGGACUACGGAGGGUGGUACGGGAGAGACAACCAAUUCAGAGAAAUAGUUGACGUUAAUGUCAUAGCUGCAAUGAGCCCCCCAGGUGGUGGCCGGCACCAUGUCACUCCGCGAUUUCUCCGACACUUCAGCACGAUUGCGAUGACGGAUGCCACGCCCGAGACACUAACCUCGAUAUUUUCAACCAUAUUGGGCUGGUACUUUCAGCACAAGGAUUUUUCAGAUGAACUCCGCGAGAUGUGCAUUCCAAUAAUUGGGGCCACAACGGAUCUAUACCAUUCUGCUAUGCGCAACCUCUUGCCAACACCGGCGAAAUCGCAUUAUACCUUCAAUCUGCGUGAUUAUGCUCGUCUCGUGCAGUUCAAGCACGAGAACCAGUCGGACACCGACUGGACACGUACGUACCCGUUCCUGAAGAAAAGGGAGACACUUUUGGCAGAGUUCAAGAAACAAGGAAUGUAUGCCGUGUUGUGGGACAGAAGUAGGAAGCUCGUCGGUGACGCCUCGUUGUUCAAGGAUUGCCCGCCAUACAUGGGGUGCGAGGACGACAAGACGAUCAAGGCGACGGAAAAACUCACCCUCAACAAGAAGUUGUCCGCCGACUGGAAGAACAAGGUCCUAUCCGUCUUGACCGACAGUAGGGUGGAGAAUUUGGAGGUCGCGCUUGCCGGAGGCGUGGUCCACGUUCUGUGGAAAGACUCGGGGGACGUGACAUCCAUUGCCUCAUUCGGCGUUGACCCUCUGGAGGCGCUGAUGAGGGUCACGGAGUUGAAACAAGCGGUUGGGACCACCAAAUGCCACACGUGCGUUCUCGAUCUUUGCGAGCUGGUGGACUUCAAACAGUGGACGCCCAAAGCUUUUGAGAGUUUGAAUUCCCUCCUGGAGCAAGUGUUUCCAGUAUACUGGAUGGUCGUCGCUUUCGUCCCUCGGGAGUGGGACUACACCUUCAUGACCAGCAUGCGUCAUCUGCCCGUUGUUAAGGCAAUGGCAGGGAAGUGGGUAAGGUUGUCGGCAGGUUACACUGUGGUUGUCGGGGCGCAUCAGAAACUGACCCCGACAGACAUAUCGGAUUUUCCCUUCGACCCUUGCGAGUGGUCGUCGGCCAUGCCUGGGGUUGACAGAAAGGUCUACAAGGAGAUGGAGCGGAACCCCAUGCAGUUGGCCCAUCUGCUGGAAUUCGUGUGCAGAAAGGGGGAGGGUGUCAUGUUCCUUGGGAAGCUGCACACGCGAGUCGUGUGGGAGGUUUUGAAGAGCGAUCGACACGUGGUCGCGCUCGAAGAGAAUUCCAAUUUGUUGCAAUACACCUUAGAGUUCCUCAAAAGCGAGGUCAACUCUGGCGCCAACCGCUGCAAGUUAGUUUCGAGGAGCGAGAAAUCGAGACGCGUUUGGGAACCAUUUACGGACAUGUGGUUCAAGUUGAGCCAGCGGAGGAGGAACAAGAUCUACGAGUUCCUCUUUUUGGAAACGUGGCCCAGGAGGAACAACGACGCUGAGUACAUGCGCCGCAAGGAACACAUGUUAGUGUUGAUGGACAACUACCACGACGCCACACGCAUGAACGCAAAGAACUUCCUCGACCGGUUGGAGUGUUUGUACUUCGUCGAGUCAGAGAAGGCGCUAAAGGUCGAGAGUUACGGUGCCUUGAUCUCAACGGACGACGAGGCGGAGACAGGUGUUGUUUUCAACACCGCUGCACAUGAGAAGGAGAGCGACACCGAGGACAUCGACCUCGAUUACCACCCUGCCACAGUGUUUCAAGCAUCGGGCUCCUCGUCGGCCGCUCCUUCAACAUGCCAGGCCACCCAGGCGUCACAUGUGGCCAGGUCCGCCCUCGGUAAGACCCCGAGUAAGCUGGCGGCGAGACCGACACCUCGGGCUGCUACCCCGCCGCCGUUGCAUCCCUGGGAGUUCGGUUCCACUGCAUCAUCCUUCUCGCAUGGAUGAUAGCAUUCACUUCGAAGGGCUCGACCACACUCGAUCGAGUGAGGAAGACUGGGGCCAUGACAUGAUUUGGCACCCGGGAACUAUCCAGACGGCAAUCGAGAAGGGGGUAGGGUCAUCUCGAACACAGAGGUCCUCAAAAUAUCCAGAACUUAUAUUGCAGAAAGUCCCCGGGUUGACUACAAAAUACACGAGUGUGUUAACGGCAUCGAGGGUUGAUAUCGAGAUCGGUAAAAAGGAGCAUGCCAUUGCCAUUGAGGAGUGUCUUUCCCUUCUGCCGCAAAGAAAGGGACAUAUCCACAAUCUGUGGGUAGGGGUCAGACCAUGUAUGACAAAUACUUAGCAACACGUCAUGCAAUGAAAGACAAUGCUUAGA